AUGCAUGCACACCACGACUUUGGCCAGCAUAGCCACCAUGUUGCAGUAUCAGAGGGAUCAUUCGCAUCAUCCACAUCCGCUGCAUCCGAUAUCAAGGAUGACAUCAAUUUUCAUGAUUACAUCCAUGCCAAGCACGACGAUGAAAAGGAUGUCGACUAUACUCGGCAUACAUUGGACUCUUCAAUGCCAGACCAUCCCUCGGCAGAUGGAUCAAACAUCAUGAACGAUUUGCAGACAAACGCGGGAGUCCAUAGUAGGAACGGUGACGAUAGCACAGUCGGCAGUAACAAUGCUCAUCAAUCUUCACCAACCCCUCAAGGAACCGACACUCAUCUGAGCCAGUCCGAUAUGGGCCAUCUCUAUGGAUCUACAUCACACCAUUAUGCACCCUUUGACCAUGUGCCUCCACCAACGCAGGAUCUGUUCCGAACCCUUAUGGAGGAGCUCCAGGCACAGGCCGCUAUCCAACGGGACCAAUUCCUGGCAUCGUCGACAAAACACGAUUCGUCGUCAACGGAGACAGACUAUUCAUUCGGUGGACAUCAGACGAGGACGUUGCCUAAAUUUAUGAUGGAACCCCUUGACUUUCUGUCCGCCAACUAUGAAUCCUGCCUUGAGCCUGGAUCGGAUACGAAUACUGGAUCGGUCACAGCUAUGGUGAACCACUCAUUUCAACAAGCUUUUGAAGCCAUGAGUCAAAGCCAGGUUUCUUCAUCAUUGGCAGCUACAUCCUCGAUACCUCCGCAUUCAUGUCCCGCGCCUUCCAUCUCAGAAAUGCACAAAGGGAGUGUAAAUGCUGGUAUUUCCAACGAGUCCAACCCUAGGAAGCGGUCAAUAUCGGAUAACGACGACUCUCAUAUGUACAGUAACAAUGGCGGCACCACCACACCGCCACCCAACUCAUCCAACCACGAGCAUCAGUCGCCGCCUACCCAGGAUUUGUUCCGCAUGCUCAUGGAGGAGCUUGAAACUCAGGCGGCUAUCCAGCGCGACCAGUUCUUGGCGUCCACAAUGAGGUCUGACGGCCCUGAAGCCGGAAUGAACUCGACCGAAUUUUCGUUCAGCGGCAACAGCCAUAGUAGUCAGCAUCUUCAUCAAAGCCAACAUCACCACGCAAGGUUGCCGCGGUUUGUCAUGGAGCCGUUCGAUUUUCUCUCGCAGGACUACGGAGACAUGCAGGUAGAUGGCACAGCCAAUCAGUCAGUGGAGGCCACGCAUGAUGUUUUCAUGGGUCAGGCAUCGUCUUCUGGCUCUCAAGAUGUAACAGCGACAUCCGCCGAGUCAGCGACGGAGCAGCUAACAACACCACCUUUGUUGCCCUCGGGAGACGGGCAUUUGUCGCCACCAACGCAGAACUUGUUCCGCACAUUAAUGGAAGAGCUGGAGACACAAGCAGCAUUCCAACGUGAUCAAGUGCUGGCGAAGACAACAGGGACAGCGCCAAGAGUGGACCCGGACGAGUAUGUAUUUAAUGGUCAGCAUCUGAGACCAUUGCCGAGGUUCAUGUUUGAACCGAUGGAUUUUCUCUCCGCGGGUUACGAGUCAUGCCUUGAUGGUGGCAUGACAGGCCAACACUCACUCAUUGCCGGGGAUACGCUACGAUUAAUGACAAGUACCAGCUCAUCUACCUCUGAAAAAGUAUUACGUCCGAGUAGCUCAAGCAGUCGAGUUCCAAAAAGGCCACCACGUACCAGUAACUAUAAGACGAUCUUACCUCAUCGACCAAAGCUUCUCACAAUCUUGCCUAGCGAGAAUGCUACUGCAGAUCAUCCACAAUCUGCCAAUCCCGUCAAGAAGAGGAGGCUGGAUGGCGGCGGAGAUGUAAUAUCCACUAGAGCCCCGACUUCGCCAAUACCCAAUACUAUGACCUCUCCCCUUGGACCUGAGAGGCAGGAUAGCCAAGGGUCGCCCAUUUCAUCCACAGCCAUGUCGGGGGUAUCCAACACCAACUAUACUAAUACAACCAGCACCGCAAACAGUUUUGAUGGAACUUCAGAGGGCGCAGCCGCAUCGACAAAACGACCGUGGACACUCAAAGAAGAAGCAUUGCUGUUAAAACUGUUUUCGAAACGGACACCAAUCAAGGAGAUCGCCCAGACCUUGGACCGCACUGUCCACUCUGUUCGAUCUCGUCGCCAAAUUUUGACCGACCCUGGAUUUGUCAAGGGCAAAGGACAUGGAGUCUCAAGGCGCAGUAAGCAGGAUUCGGCUACGACGACAAAGCUACCGACGUAUGCACAAAUGGCGUUCCUGUCCUUGGCUUGGCUACCAGAUAUGGAGGGGACUUUGAAUGAUGUGGCGGCAAUGGUUGAAAAGCUGUUCAGUCGACAUUUGAACCGCAUUCCUCGCACAGGACACAAGAACCUGCAGAUCUGGAGGGCGCAAAUCUCAGACGCACUGGCACACGAGAAAGGUCAACCUCGUCCACGGUUUGAGAGCCUUGGCGUCAAGCAAGGGAGACAGUGGGUUUAUCGGUUGACCAGGUUUGGGAAGGGGAUGGUCAAGGCCAUGGAUGGAGUGGAAGCUAUUUGCCAGGACUUAUUGAAGAGCAAUGAAGCUGGUAUGGCGACAUCACAUGGUGGCGACCUAAACAGUGAUACUGGGGCUGCGAGGCGAGAUGGAGAUGAACAUCUGAGCUGUGGCUCUGGUGCGGAUGCUGGAAUUGGACAAGGACAAGGAUAUGGCUACAGCUAUCGACCUCCCGAUGUGAGACAAAAGACUGGAAGGAGGUCGAGAGCCUCACGUAAGGCUGCUGCAAAGGUCAAGGAGCAGGCGGACUCUGGUAACACGCCAGAGACACCAACAGAGCGAGCGGCGAAUGCGAUAGCAAACGCCAUGGAUGCCAUGGCAGGAGCUAUGACGAAAAUGAUGGCGCUUGAGGAUGAACGGGCGGCAGCUAGCGGCGUAUCUCCCAGGAGCACGUAG